AGGAUCCUUACAAUUGCUUGCCAUCUUCCCGAGCCUGUAUAACCCGCGCUGAAUGUAGCCAUGGCCGACGAAGGCUACUCCUCGACUGCUUGGGAAUCGACUGAUAAUUCUGAUCCUAAUGCUAGCCAGACUCCUUAUUACGGCCUAUUCCAGCCUAAUAGCCCGUCUCUUAUUCAUGAAUCCGUCACUGCUCCUGCCUUGUCUUCUUUAUCAGUCAAGCCAUCAUCGCCUCCUCCCAGGUCAAGCUCGGACUCGCUGGGUCGAUCAUCCAGUUCGAGAUGGCGAGAUAGUGUGCCGGUGACGAUUGAACGCAAGGAUACACUAUCCAUGAUCCCGAGCGACGCUAUCAGUCUUGUGGAGACCAGCUUUGAUGAGAAUGUAUUAAGAGUAUUGUGCGAGCUGGACUGUGGUGUACCUUUGCUGCUGGAUCGGAUUAAACAAAGUAUGGUCUCGUGUCGCGUGAGUAAUAUUUCAAUUUGUUGAAUUUGAAAAAGGCAUUAUAUGAAGUUUCUUUGGUAGGAAGCUUCAGUUUUCUUCAAGAAAAAAGCAAGUCUUGGAAGAAGAGUAUGGGAAGAGUUUGCAGAAGCUCGCACGAACUACGUCCGAGGUAUACUCUAUGAACGACGGGAAGGCUGGGUCUUUCGUGGGUGCUUGGCAGUCAUCCAUGAAAAUCCAUGAAGUUAUGGCAGAGAACAGGAUUCGUUUUGCCCAGCGGCUAAAUGAGAUGAGCGAUGAGCUGGCCUCACUCGCAAAGGAAGUGGACAAGAACAGAAAACAGACUAAGGAGCUGGCUAGUCGCUACGAACGCGCCCUGCAAGAAUCAGAGUUGAACAUGGAAAAGUCAAAAAA